UCGUCGUUCGGCGUCAAAACAAAUUGUAGUUUAGUGACUAAGUUUAUUCAUGAAGCAAAUAUUUAGAUAUAGCUUGCAUUUACUAUUAUUUUAUGCAAGCUUCCUUUAUGGACAACCACAAGUGUGCCGAGCUAACGAUGUCAUCGACUUCAAGAAGAAGAUAGAGAACCAUGGACAAUUUGAAAAUGAAGUGAUGUUGAAGCUUCCUCAGAUAACACCUGAUCCUCACUUAGAAGAUCAAGAUCAUCAUACUGGUAUAGAAAUGCAGACAUCUGUUUUCCAAAAGUACACAGCAACGUCUGCUCACAAUGCAAAUCUAAAGAUUGAUACUGCUUAUUUCCACAUCAACCUAACGGAUGAUGCUUUGGCAGAGACUCUGGAACUGUAUACACAGUCUGUAGAGUGCUGGAAGUGUCCGCUUCAGCGAGUAGCAGUUGUUGGAGCUGGUCAAAACAUAGUGACAAUUCUUGCCAAUACAACACACAAAACCCAACUGGCUUUGAGAUGUAGAACCCAUAAUUCAUCACUCAUCGAGAUAUGGAGUAUGACGACUCAAUUCGGAGAGUGGGGGGAGUACACUCUCUUUAUCACCCCUGCACAAGUUUCUGCAUCAUACAAUAUAACAUUAGCCAUCAUGGAAUAUCCUCACUGGAGCACCUUACCCAUACUGGUUUCAUUUUGCAUUUACCUUGUGAUGGCAUUGAUAUGGCUCCUGAUCACCUUCUUACACAGAUAUCAGAUUAUCCACAAGAUCAUGGAUUGCUGGCACACAGAGAGAUUGGUUAAUGCGGAUCUUGGUUCCCAUUCUGCACAUUCGUAUGCAAGUGACACAAUAAAUGCUGCAAGCCUUACCAGCCUUAGCACACCAUCCUCUCCUGUUGCAUGGGGCACGGUUGAACCACCAAUCCUCACCAAUGACAGGCAGAAGCAAAGGCUGCGAUCACUGGAUACAUUUAGAGGGCUAAGCAUUGCCGUGAUGAUAUUUGUAAACUAUGGUGGAGGCAAGUACUGGUUCUUCAAACAUGCGCGCUGGAAUGGACUCACUGUAGCUGACUUAGUCUUUCCAUGGUUCAUGUGGAUAAUGGGCGUCUCCAUUAUGCUGUCUGUUGAGAGUCAAGUGAGGAAGAAAGUUGGAAGAACGUUGGUCAUCAGGAAGAUGGUCUGGCGGUCAGUCAAGUUAUUUGCGCUUGGACUCAUGCUAAAUUCUGGCUACCCUUCAGGCAAUGAUCUGGAGAAGCUGCGCAUUCCUGGCGUUCUGCAGCGGUUUAGUCUGUGUUACCUGAUUGUGGCUAUACUUGUUUAUCUGCUGUAUAGAGAUUCCAACUGCCAUCAGCACGGCUGCUGUGCUGCUUUUAGAGAUGUGAGAGCGUACUGGUUGCAGUGGCUGGCAAUGCUGGUACUUCUUGCUGUGCACUUCUGCCUCACAUUCUUGCUAGAAGUGCCAGAUUGUGGCAAGGGUUACCUAGGCCCAGGAGGCAUCAGCGAACAUAGUACAUAUGAAAACUGCACUGGAGGAGCAGCUGGUUACAUAGACAGACUGAUACUGGGAGUGAAUCACAUGUAUUCACAUGGGUCCGAAAAGAAGCUGUAUCAAACUGCAACGCCCUACGACCCUGAGGGAAUUCUGGGAACAUUGUCAUCUGCCUUCCUGGUUUUUCUCGGCGUUCAGGCUGGCAAGAUAGUCUCAACGUUCAGCGAUCACACAAGCAGGAUUGUCAGGUUUUUACUCUGGGCACUAAUCACCGGAGGUGUGUCCCUCAUGUUGUGUAAUGCAUCAGCUAAUGAUGGAUGGAUACCAGUUAACAAGAAUCUUUGGUCUGUUUCAUACGUACUGGGCAUGGCAGGCUCUGCAUUCCUCGUGCUUGCCAUUUUCUAUUGGCUUAUCGAUGUCGCAUACAUAUGGAAUGGGAGUCCAUUUUACCAACCAGGCAUGAACUCGAUAUUUCUCUACUUGGGCAGCGAGGUGUUUGGGAGCUACCUGCCAUGGUCGUGGGUGCCGUUCACAGUCUCACACGCAGAGCACCUGGCAAUGGACCUGUGGGGAGUGUCACUGUGGGUGGCUGUAGGUCACUAUUUGCAUUACAUACGAGAGUACUUCGUCUUAUAGAGUGACAACAUUACACUAUCAAUUACGCGAUCAUAUUAUCUAUGAUACAACUUCGAACAUGCUAGCACAAUACAAAAUAGGGUGGUCUGAACAAUGGCAAAAUCGCAUAUGAAAUUCACAAAUAAUUAUCUAAGAAUAUAUUAUGGCAAGAGUCAUUUACAAUUAUUUAUGCGUAUUAAUUUAUAUAAUCUUGUUGGCACUCGGGGUGAUUGAUGUCCUUUUUCACACAUGUUCACUUAGUCUUGGCUUGAAAUUGUACUUUUAUAAAUUGUACUUUAGUCUUUAUAUCAAUACAAAUAUAUAGCAGAUGAAUACAGCUACGAUUGUGAAAGUUUGAA